UUGAUGUGGCAGAGGCUAAUCUGUGGCGGUUGGUCAACUCCUCCUCCUCGACACACGCAAACUAGCUGGUAACGCGAGAGUCCGAUGGAGAAAUACAGUCUCACCUCAGAGUGCAAGAAAAGACCUGAGUGACGUCUCAAGAGUUCAGAGUCAUGGACGGUGUGUUGGAGGGAGCAGUGGGGUUGUUUGUAUUUAAACUGGCCUGCAGUCUUCUCUUCGUGCCCUUGUUGACCACAUCCUACAGCCAUGUCAGCUUCUGCUGCUGCUGCCUCCUGCUCUUCACCGACUUCCUGGCUGCAGUGUCUCUGAGUUUCCUUUGUGUCUUCGGUUCCUGGGUGACGGCCCCAGCCCCACCUGGUGAUGUCAUUGCCCUGCGUUUCCUGCUGUUCCUCAGCCACACGUAUGGAGCCGUGCUACUCCUGACCACACCUCUGAUCGCUGUGGAGACCCUGGGCAGACGGCUGUGGCCUCACUCCGUCGCUCCCGGGGCCAAGAGUCAAACAGUGGACACUGAUGGAGAGCAUUGUUAUACUGGAGAGGUAGCCGAGGAGGAGGAGGAGGACUGGGAGGACAGGAACUGUUCGGACCAAGAUGAGGGAUGGUCUUGUGUCACCGGCUACCUCUGCUGCCUGUCAGUGUGGGUAGUCGUCGCCCUGACUGUCAGGUGGCGAUGGAAGCUGCAGGAUGAGUGGGCCGCUGCCUGCUUGCACACAACCGACUCCCUCAUGAGAUGUUUACCCAACCUGUUCAGUCCCAUACCCAGUGCUGUGAGUCCCUGCUGGGCCAUGGCCUUCCUCUCCCUUCUCCUGCUACUCCUGACUACAAGCCUGCACAUGCGACGCCUGGCCUCUGCACAUAUCCAGACCCAUCAAACGGAACCCAGGCUCCACAAUAACAGUGACAGCGGCCGGCAAGGCCUCGUUCCAGUCCGCUCUGCGCCCACCAAGCCUGUGAACCGUGGGAUGUCGGCGUCAGAGUCGGCCAAGUGUGUUGACCCAGAGAAAACAGAGAGCAGCUGCACUGUUCACAGGGCAUAUUCCUGGAACAUUGAGCAGAUGUUGGCGCAUCACCAUGGAGACUUUGUCCUCAUCUCCCCCGGUAGUUUGUCUGCAGAGCGGGGAGGACAUGAGCUCGAGAGGACAAAGAGAGGUGUUCCUCUGACAUUUAUCACGGGGGGACAUGUGGACUCACAGCUCAGCAGCCAGCUUGGGUGGCGGCGGUGGGGUUUUCCCUGCCUGUGGGUGAAUGUAAUGAUAGGGUUCGUGGGUGUGCUCUCCAUCGUUGUGCUGCCUCUGAACCUCGGCGUGAACAUUUUUCUGAUCAGGACUAUAGAGACCCUGCUGGAGCUGAGCGUCACAUCUCUGGUUUCAUCUGCAGCAAAUCCAAGCGACACAUCAGCCUCUCCCAAUGAAGCGUUUGUACUGAGCCUUUCCAGUGGAAUACGACUAAUCCAGGGGCAAACAGUGUUUCUGAAAGUACUGAUCUGAGGUGUGCUGAUGCUGCAUCGCAUAAUCCCUGCAAGACUCAACCUAUAAAUAAAUACUGAGGGAUCUGAGGAUGAACCACAUGUUGUUUUCCUUCUUUAUAGUUGUGUCUCUCUUGGUUUAAAGGGACUCUGCUGCUCCUCAGAGGUGGAAAGUAUCUAAAUACUUUUAUUAAAGUACAAUUUUGAGCCAAUGAAGUCGAGUAGUUCCAUUUUAUGCAACUUUAUAUUUCUGCUCCACUGCUUUCAGAAGGAAAUGUUUUAAUCUUUACAGGAUUAAUGUGACAGCCAUAGAUACUAUAGUUCCUUUUCAGAUUGAUAUUGUACAUAAAUACAGGAAAUGUGCAUAAAAUGGUGUCUUGUGA